UCUUCACUCUACGGUCUCACUCGCUCACUCACUCACGAGUCCUCAAAUUCACUGAAGAAGGAGGGAAUGCUUUCACUUUCCUCUCUAUAACCACCCAACCCAAAACGUGGAUCAACUUCACAUGAUCCCCCCCUUCUCUCUCUCCCCCCUUCGAUGCGUACACUGUGCUCGGAUUCUCUCUCAGCUCGAGCUCGACCCCUUUGAUCUCCACAUGGCGUGCUUCUGAAUCCACCGCCCGAUGCGUUCAUAGGGUCAUCAAUCAGAGCUCCUGAAGUAGCUUCCUUUCAGGAUGUGCAUCUGAGCUUUCAGGAGUAGCAGGUGGUUGGUGGCCUCUGCUUCAGCUCUGAUUGGAGCUCACUGUUACAGAGCUCGUGAAGUUUCUUCAGUACUGGGUGGACUAAAGUUAGGGGAAUCAUGGAGCUUGCGCUUAGGAUUCUUCUGUUGUCUGUUCUUUUGAUGCUCGGGAAGGCCGAAGUUUACAUUGUCAUGGUUGAAGGAGAGCCUGUUAUAAGUUAUACUGGUGGAAUUGAUGGGCUUGAAGCCACAGCCGUGGAAUCUGAUGAGAAGAUUGACACUACCAGUGAAGUGGUCAUAUCCUAUGCCCAGCAUCUGGAAAAGAAGCAUGACAUGCUUCUUGGAAUGUUGUUUGAUCGAGGCACCUAUGAGAAGCUCUACAGUUACAAGCAUCUUAUAAAUGGUUUUGCAGUUCAUCUAUCCCCUGAACAGGCAGAAACCCUAAGACGUUCACCUGGUGUGAAAUCUGUGGAGCGAGAUUGGAAGGUGAGGAAACUUACCACUCACACCCCACAAUUCUUAGGACUGCCUACUGGAGUAUGGCCAACUGGUGGGGGGCAUGAGAAGGCUGGAGAGGAUAUUGUGAUUGGCUUUGUUGAUUCGGGAAUUUAUCCACACCAUCCUAGCUUCUCAUCACACAUUACUGAACCAUAUGGGCCGCUUCCAAAGUAUAGAGGGAAGUGCGAAGAUGAUCCUGACACUAAGAAAAGCUUCUGCAAUGGAAAGAUUAUUGGGGCCCAACAUUUUGCCAAGGCUGCAAUAGCUGCUGGAGCAUUUAAUCCUGCUGUUGAUUAUGCUUCUCCUAUGGAUGGUGAUGGACAUGGAAGUCACACAGCAGCUAUUGCAGCUGGCAACAAUGGAAUUCCUGUGAGACUACACGGACAUGAAUUUGGGAAAGCAAGUGGCAUGGCUCCCCGAGCCAGGAUUGCUGUUUACAAAGCACUUUAUCGGCUGUUUGGUGGAUUCAUUUCUGAUGUUGUGGCUGCAAUUGAUCAGGCCGUUCACGAUGGUGUGGACAUACUCAGUCUCUCAGUUGGGCCAAAUAGUCCUCCAGCCACCAUGAAGACGACAUUUCUAAACCCUUUUGAUGCGACACUUCUCUCAGCUGUGAAAGCAGGUGUUUUUGUUGCCCAAGCUGCGGGCAAUGGAGGUCCUUUCCCAAAGACAUUGGUCUCCUAUAGUCCGUGGAUAACAUCUGUAGCAGCUGCUGUUGAUGAUCGGCGGUACAAGAAUCAUCUUAUUCUGGGUAAUGGUAAAAUAUUGGCUGGCCUGGGAUUAUCACCCUCCACACAUCCUAAUCAGACAUGCACUUUGGUUGCUGCGAAUGAUGUGCUACUGGAUUCUUCAGUUUCAAAGUACAGCCCCACAGAUUGCCAGAGACCUGAACUGUUAAACAAGAACCUAGUGAAGGGGAAAAUUCUCCUCUGCGGCUAUUCCUUCAACUUUGUUAGUGGCACUGCAUCCAUCAAGAAAGUUUCUGAGACAGCAAAGAGCCUUGGCGCAGCAGGGUUUGUUCUUGCUGUUGAGAACGUGUCGCCUGGGACAAAGUUCGAUCCAGUUCCAGUCAGUAUCCCAGGAAUUCUCAUUACUGAUGUCUCCAAGUCCAUGGAUCUAAUAGACUACUAUAAUAUUUCAACUCCAAGAGACUGGACCGGGCGAGUGAAGAGUUUUAAAGGAACAGGCAGCAUCGGAGAUGGUUUGAUGCCUAUACUCCACAAAUCGGCACCACAGGUGGCACUCUUCUCUGCUAGAGGGCCCAAUAUAAGAGAUUUCAGCUUCAAGGACGCUGAUCUUCUCAAACCUGAUAUCCUAGCUCCUGGUUCUCUCAUUUGGGCUGCGUGGUCCCCUAAUGGAACAGAUGAGGUCAAUUACAUCGGAGAAGAAUUUGCGAUGAUAUCAGGGACUAGUAUGGCAGCACCGCAUAUUGCUGGGAUCGCUGCUCUUGUAAAGCAGAAGCACCCUCACUGGAGCCCUGCUGCUAUUAAGUCCGCCCUGAUGACGACUUCCACGAAGCUUGACAGGGCUGGAAGGCCUCUUCAAGCACAGCAGUAUACUGAGACAGAAUCCAUGAAGCUUGUCACUGCCACACCUUUCGAUUACGGGAGUGGACACGUUAACCCGAGGGCUGCUUUAGACCCGGGUCUCAUCUUUGAUGCAGGUUAUGAAGAUUACUUGGGAUUCCUGUGUACAACUCCCGGUAUCAACGUCCAUGAGAUACAUAACUACACCAAUGCACCUUGCAACUUCACGAUUGGCCGCCCGUCCAACCUCAACUCCCCUUCAAUCACUAUCUCUCACCUUGUUGGGACCCAGACUGUGACCCGGAGGGUCACGAAUGUGGCUGAGGAGGAGGAGACCUACAUGAUCACGUCUCGUAUGGACCCUGCCGUGGCCCUCGAGGCCAACCCUCCAGCAAUGACCCUCAGGCCUGGCGCAUCGAGGACAUUCACUGCAACCCUCACUGGCCGUUCCAUCGCGGGGACUUACAGCUUUGGGGAAAUACUGAUGAAGGGCAGCCGGGGGCACAAGGUGAGGAUCCCCGUGGUUGCGAUGGGGUAUCGGCGGUAG